AUGGCUUCUUUGUGGUCAAGCUCUCAAACAGAGGAUUAUUCCAAUGCAUUAAUAGGGGGACUAUGGAUGAUAUAUGAUCACUAUUUGACUGUGCAACCUUGGCAACCAAAAUUCAGACCUGAGACAGCCACUAUAGAUAAAGUUGCAGUCUGCGUUAGAUUAUCUAAAGUUUCUCUUGAGUAUUAUGAUGAGGAAGCACUGAUUGUUAUUGGUAACCGAAUUGGGAAAACAUUCAAAGUGGAUAUGAAUACUUCAUGUCAGCUUAGAGGUCAUUUUGCUAGAAUUUGUGUUUUGGUUGAAUUAGGAAAGCAAUUUAUGCAGGGUUUUAACCUUGAUGGUGAAGAACAUUAUCUGGAAUAUGAAGGCUUGCAUUUAUUAUGUACCAAUUGUGGCAUUUAUGGUCAUCGAAAUGAAACCUGUCCAUUGAAGAAAGCUGCUUCUAAUGCUAAUGUUACUAAUCCAGUGGAGACUGAACAGGGAAUAAAGGAAGUAAUCAAUGCUCAAGACCAAUGGAACGUAGUGCAAAAAGUUCACAGACAGAGGAAGACGAAGGAGAAACAGGUGGGGAAUUCUAACACUGUGAAUAAUGAGGAGGAUAAUCACGAUGAUAAUAAUGGGGCUAGAGAAAAUGAAAAAGAGAUUACAGAGGAGGACAGAGAUGUUGUGAUGCGACCAGCACACACUGAGAACUCACGCCCCAUGAAGUCUCAUACAGAAAAAGGGAAGAAAGGCACCAUUGCUGCUAAGAAUGACAAAAAAAAAAAAAAAAAUGGAGAACGAGGUUGCAAAUAG